AUGCUGUGUCAACAGCCCGAGGGGGAUUUUCAGUUUUUCUUUAAAAAGGUUUGGUCCUAUAAUCUUUAUAAUGUUGAUUACAUUUCUCCUAUUACCGACAUUAUUAGCCACUUCAUCAAUGCAGCCAAUGCAAUUAAUAUCACCGUUUUUUUCUCUUGCUCUCUCUUUCCAUCAUCUCGUUACCAUCGUGACGAACAUCGUUCUGAAAAUAAUCUUCAAAUGAAUCUUCACAUUUCAAGAAUUUUAGUUUUCUCUCUCCCUUUCAUCCCAACUUAUUUUUCUCUCUCGUUUUCUUUGCUUUUUUCUUUCUUUUUUUUAUCGCUUGCUUUUGUCUUUCUUUUUUAUCCCUUGCUUUUGGCUUUCUUUGUUUAUCUCUUGCUUUUGGCUUUCUUUUUUUUAUCUCUUGCUUUUGUCUUUCUUUUUUUAUCUCUUGCUUUUGUCUUUCUUUUUUUUAUCGCUUGCUUUUGUCUUUCUUUUUUAUCUCUUGCUUUUGUCUUUCUUUUUUUAUCGCUUGCUUUUGUCUUUCUUUUUUUUAUCUCUUGCUUUUGUCUUUCUUUUUUAUCUCUUGCUUUUGUCUUUCUUUUUUUAUCUCUUGCUUUUGCCUUUCUUUUUUUAUCUUUCUACUUUACUUCCUUUCUCCUUCACACUUUCUUUAAUUCUCGUUUCUUUCACUUCCGAAACUAUAAAAAAACAAAUUCAUCCAUUUUUUCUCUUUUUCUUUCUUUUUCGAAUUUCUCGUUUUUUUUUCUUUCUAAUUUCAUUUUUCUUUCUUGUUUUGUCUCUUUUUCUCCGUUUCUCUUUGUCGUUUUCUUUCUUUUUCUCAUUUUUCUUUCUUCCUCUUUUUUCUCUCUUUUUCGCACUUCCUCUUUCUUUCUUUCUUUCUUUCUUUUUUCUCGUUUUCUCUUUGUAUCUAUUCCUUUUUCUAUUUUUCACUUUCUCUUUAUUUCUCUCUUAAUUUCUUUUUACUUUCUUUUUUUUCUAUAUCUUACAUUCGCUUUCUUUUCUCUCUCUCCCCUUUCUUAUUGUCUCUUUAUUUUUCUAUCAUUUUCUUUUUCACUCCUUUUCUCCACUUUCUUUUAUUUCUUUGUUCUUUCUCUCUUCUCUGUCGUUUUCUUUCUCUUUCUCUUCUCUCGUUUUAAUUUCAUUUUUCAACUGCUCAUUCAUUUACUUCAGCUUUGCACAAUCAAUCCUCGCUUCAGUAUCGUCUGCAAAAGCGACACGAGGGAUGGAGACCCGCUAUCCAUUCCGCCACCGUGCCUCCUAUCUAUCUAUCUAUCUAUCUAUCUAUCUAUCUAUCUAUCUAUCUAA